AUGCCGGCUCGAAAAUUAAUCGUGGCUCUGUCGCGCGCGUACCUCAACCAGUGGACAACUCAGUAUUGUGGAAUCUCAGACUUCUCUCGUGGUAGCGGCAGCUGCACGAGUCUAGAGGACCUGCCCUUCGAGGAAUGCAGGGUUGACAGCACACACCACCACCUGUGGAACGACGUCUUCCUCCGGAUUUCCUCAGCCACUCAGGAGCGCGCGGUCAUGUUCCCCAUCAUCCCCCUGCACCUGAGCCUGCGCCAGGCGUCGCUGAAGCCGGCGUCAGGGCGCGUGGCGGCGGCGGCGCGGCUGGCCCCCGACUGCCAGGCGGCCAACGCGCUGCUGGUGUUGGAGGCGGGAGCGGACAGCCGUAGCGACAUCCCCAGCCACAGCCACAGCCAGAGCCCCCAGCUGGCCGUCCACACGCUGCGCGCCGUCGCGCCCGGACACCAGCUGCUCCUCUGGUUCUCCGACCAGCUGCUCGCCAGCCUCGCCGUACCUUUCCUCUCGCCGGGAAACAUUCGAGCGAACGCGCGCUACCAGUGCGUGGAAUGCGGUCUCCACUUCGAGAGCCCCAACCCGCUCAAGCUGCACCUGGCGCUGUCUUGCGGCAGCCUGCCCGUGCAUGCGCUCUGGGACAGGCUGGUGGUAUCUCCAGAGAAGCACGGGCGCCCGUCCCUGGCGGACGCAGCAGAGGAGCGGCUGCAGCAACACGUGGAGGCGGUCGCCACCAGCCUGGGACGCGCCACGGCCGCGCCGGGACACCUGUGCGUCUACUGCGGGAAGCUCUACUCGCGCAAAUACGGCCUCAAGAUACACAUCAGGACUCACACAGGGUACAAGCCACUCAAAUGCAAGGUAUGCCUGCGAGCAUUCGGUGAUCCGAGUAACCUCAAUAAGCAUGUCAGACUCCACGCCGAAGGCCAGACACCAUACAGAUGCGACUUGUGUGGGAAAGUCCUAGUUAGACGCAGAGACUUGGAAAGGCAUCUUAAAUCUAGGCACUGUACCUGGGGCAGACAUGACACCUCAUGUGAUGAAGUAACACAAAGAACACAGUUCAGAGUAGCGGAAUUAUGCUGA